ACAUCGGGUGAGGACUUCAACAAUGUCUCCGCCCACUCGCUCUGCAUCAUCAAUCUCUUCCUCUAGAGACAUGUUACGUUACGCGGCUCAAAACCAGUCUGGUCAAUCGAACCGUACGACAGCUACUCUACGACCCAAGCGUACUGAGACCCAAGCAGCCGAACCCACUCCAACAGAAGUGGACACAGCUACUAGACCUCAUAUCACCGGAGCCGCGGCGAACACAGACCUGGAAUCCCGCAUCAAAGCACUCGAAGACCAACAAAACAAUACCCGCGACACUGUAGAUGCCUUGGAGCAACUCUACAUCCGUCUCAAAGAGUCCGUCAACCAUCUGGAGUAUCAAAGCACACUGCAGCCAGCUCACCGACAAGCACCCUCUUCAUCAACUACAGGUUUGCGGACCCCCGCAGACGAUGGGUCUUUCAAUGUUCCCCUACAGGGUGAUCUAUCAGACGAGUCGUUUGCGUUCAUAAUGAAGAUGUUCGCUGGGCAAAAGAUCAACGCAGACCACUGGGAGAACGUGGUAUCGCACUAUCAAGGCUCGUUAGUAAUCUGCUCGCACUACUGCCUUCACUUUCACUGUUUCACACCAUGCAAACGAAUUAAUAACGCUUUGCACCCGCUCUCUCAUCUUUUCCGCUGCAGUAACAGCUCACUCAAGGCUUUGGAUUGAUCUCAAUCAACUAUAUUUUGUAGUUAGCUCUAUUGAUCGCUAAAGACAGUUGAGACUUACGGCCUUGCUUGUGUACACGACCUUACACAUUGUCCUUAUACGUUAGUCUAUACUUUCAACUCAAGCACAGAAGAACAGC